UUGCAAAAUUAAGGAAAACAGGGCACAGAACAAUGAGAAAAUGUGCAAUAAAAUUUAAAUACAUUUGGCAAUAGAAAUACCCAAAGAUGAAUGUAAUGCGAAAGCUGCGCGGCGCUGCCACUGGAGGCAACAGCAGCAGCGGCAGCAACUCCACAAGUAAUGGCAGCAGACCCCCCGCUGACUCGAGCCAAACCCCAGCCAAUGGACGGGCUGCUGGCGAGGAAGCCCUGGUGGAUGCCCGCAUCCAAAUGAGUCUGGGAACCCUCAAGAAACUCUUCAAUGAGUACACCCAUCCCCGAGAGCCGCUUAGCGAACAGGAACGCGAUGAGAAGCUCUACCAAAUGCUGCCACUAUUCUGCAAGGUGUUCAGCAGCUGUCCGGCGAAUGAAAUGAGCGAAAAGUUUUGGGAUGUGGUGGCCUUCUGCCAGCAGGUGUCACGUCUCAUGGUCAGCGAGAUACGCAAGCGGGCAUCCAACCAGAGCACCGAGGCUGCCUCCAUAGCCAUUGUCAAGUUUCUGGAGGUGGAGACAACGGAGGAGACAAGCAGCGGAUGGAUGCUGUUGGCCACCCUGAAUCUGUUGGCCAAUGGAGAUGUCUCUUUGAUACAGGUGAUGACAGCCGCUUCGGUACCCUCAACGCUGGUCAAGUGCCUGUACCUCUUCUUCGAUCUACCCAUUGUGGAGGACGAUGAGCCCGCAGAAGAUGGUUCGGCCAUCAGUGAUUUCAAUGCCCACGAAAGACGCACCCUACUGCAGAAGGUCUUUGUGCAGCUGCUGGUGAAACUCUGUUCGUAUCCCUAUCCCGCCGAAGAACUAGCAAGAAUGGAUGAUCUAACGCUGCUGUUUUCGGCCAUCACAUCGCCCUGCCCCUGCCACAAUAUUGUGUGGCGUAAGAACGCCGCCGAAAUACUGACAACCAUAUCGAGGCAUGGUCUAACAGAUGCGGUUGUUAGCUAUAUACAUUCCAAAGGUUGCAUGGCCUUGUGUGUGGAUAAUAUGCAACGUUUGACAUUUGGCAAUCCUUUGGAAAUUGUGGAAAUGUUUGUCACCGUCUUCUGUUUCCUCAAGGACUCUAGUCAAGUAUCACAGAUACUAAUGGAUGAUUUUCGGGCCUCGCAGGGCUACGUUUUUCUCAGUGAUUUUUUGUUAAAAUUCGACAACAAUCGCAGUCAAUCGUUGGAAAUCCAAGCAGCUAUACGAAACCUGGUACUCAUGAUCUCUUCCCUGUGCAUGUGCGGCUUUUACGAGCUUCGUCCCCCAGCAGCACAAUUCAAUACCGCCUUCAAGCUGCAGAACUUCCAACUGCCACAAUCCACCUCCCGUGAGACGUGCGUGAGGAAUGUGUAUGCCUUUCAGGUGCUUCAAAAUGUCUUUCUCAAAUCCACAACACCUGCUCUCUGCUGCACCAUUUUGGAUGCCAUAUCGAGGGUGUAUCAUUCGGAGAAUGCCAAUUACUUUAUACUGGAACCGGAGCACACUUUGAGCAAUUUUGCGGAUCGGAUACACCAAAAGAGUCCGCAGAUCCAGGAGAAGUUCUUCGAUUUGCUGGAAUUCAUUGUCUUUCAGUUGAAUUUUGUGCCCUGCAAGGAGUUGAUCAGCCUUUCGCUGCUCCUCAAGCACAAUCAGUCGACGUCCUGCAGUAUUCUGUGUCUCAAAACCCUCCUGAAUAUCCUAAGGCACAAUGCAGUUUUCAAGGAUGUCUAUCGGGAGGUUGGGAUACUGGAAAUCCUUGUGAACUGCCUCACACGCUAUGCGGGACACGUGCAGGACAUCACCAAGGGCGAGGAGUCGCUGGUAGUGGAGCUGUCAGCGGAUCAGGAAGAGGAUCUGUCGGACACUCUGGGCAAACAUGUCCUGGAGGCCCUGACCAUGCUUCUGGGGGGCGGAGCCAGCAAUAAUGCUCAAAUCUUUCGAGAAUAUGGCGGCGCCAAAUGCACUCACGAGUUGGUGAAAUUCAAGCACUGCCGCCCGCAGGCGCUGGGGAUCAUUCGUGAGCUGAUACUCUCCGCAGGAGGCGACGAUGAUAUGCUGUAUAUCCUCUCGCUGAUGCACAGCAUCAGUCCGCAUCAGGUGGAGUUCAAGAUACAGAUACUCAACAUGCUGCUGGGCUGCCUCAAGGAUUCGCAUCGCACGCGGACUGUCUUCCGCAAAGUGGGUGGCUUUGUGUAUCUCACGAGCGUUUUUGUUUCCCUCGAUGGGAGCAUGGCGCAGCCCCAGCCGGGCAUACCCCAACAGGAUCUCAUACUCUUGCUGCAAAUUGUCUGCCAAACGCUGGCCACUGCCAUGAGGUUUGAGCCGGCGAAUGCCAAGUUCUUCCAUCAGGAAAUAAGCAGCAGUUCGCUGUGCGACACUUUAAGGCUGCUGGGCUGCUUCGGGGGCGCCUCCACGCUGCAGGAUUUCAAUGGCGGCAGCAGCUACGAGCCACAGCAGACGCUGAUCAAGUAUUAUCAUGAGAUAUUCAGUGGGGAUAUCCUGAGUGUUAGUUUCUCUGAGGAUGUGCCCUAUCCCUUGUCCUAUGUGUGCAUUGUCUUUCGCCUGCUCUACAGCAUUGCUUUGGAUAACUUUGAGGCACCCAAUUUGAGUGGCAUCAUCACGUUGUUCAGCGACCCCCCGGCCCAUUCGCGUUCCCCCAGCAAGGAGCUGGCCCCGCCUGUACAUCCCAGCCAACUGAAUCUCACACAGCCCAUGCCAGAGCCCAGGAUUGUGCAUCCCGGAGUGGUCUUGUGUAUGCUACAACUCCUGCCCGCUGUGCAGCUGGAGGUGGCGCCUCUGGAGGCCGUACAGCUGCAAGUCUACUUGAGUGAAAUCAUUAAAUCCCUCGUGAGGAACGAAAGGAAUCAGCAGAUCAUGUGCGAUAAUGGUUUGGCCGAGAAGCUGUUGAAGCUCACAAGGAGAGCCCUGGCUGAGGAGCAGCAUCCUCUGCACGUGCCCAUGCAGUACAUUCUUGAACGUUUGGCCGCUCAGGCGCUGCAGCCCACCGAACUGCGACAGUUUCUGCGCCUUGGGGAACCCCUCUCCUGUGCGGACAUUGAUCUCCAGCAGCCGUACCGCCUCGGGGGACCCGUGCCCCUCACGCGCAUAAAGACACUGGUGUCCAUGACGACCCCGCGGGAUUUCCGUGCCCAUGGCUCGAGCACUCUGCCACCCUUCGUGGAGCUGGACAUGUCUGCCGAGGGCUUUGGCUGCCUUUAUCUGCCAUCACUGGCUCCCCAGGCGACAGCCACAGCUGGAGGCACCAUCGACGCGAAUACCAUUGGCGGGAUUGGCGCUGGGGAUCGCAUUUUUCCACCGCAAACGGGUCUCACGUAUUCCACGUGGUUUUGUGUGGAAAAGUUCUCGGAUCCCAAGACGGAUCCCCAUUGUGUGAGGCUUCUCACCUUAGUGCGCACCAUCCACAAUCCUCGAGAGGAGAAUCUGGCUUGUCUUUCCAUUCUUUUGUCCGCCAGGGACAAGGCCAUUGUGGUGUCCACCCAAGAGACACUGGUCACACCCAGAAAAAGCAUUGGCGAUUGGGAGCCAGAGGGAUCUGAUGAUGGCAUUGCACGCAUUUGGUGCCCCGAUCUCCUGCACGAGGGCCAGUGGCAUAAUCUCGUUGUGGUGCUCAACCGCGCGGUGCUAAAGAACUCCAGUCUGUCGCUGUAUCUCGACGGCGUCCCGAUGCACACGCAAAAGCUCCACUACAUUGCCCAACAUCCGGGGGCCACCACUGCGAAUCUGACAUCUGCCACGCAGAUCUUUGGCUACAUAGGAACCCCACCCAUUUGGCGAAGGUAUUCCCGUCUGUGCUGGAAGCAAGGCGUCUGCCACUUGCUGGAGGAUGUCCUGCCGCAACAGACAGUGCAGACUAUCUACCAGCUGGGACCACACUACAUGGGCUCGCUGCAGGCUCCACAGCUGGGCAAACAGUCCGAGGCAGUGGCUCCUUUGGUGCCCGAAGAUCGUGUGCUCUUGGGACUCAAUGCCAAGGCCGUGUCCAAGCUGACGCUCGUGAAGAUACGCAAGGUCUACAGUCGAGCGGAUAAUAAGAGCAUUGCCAAGCAAUUGAAUAUGAAUUCUCAUGAGAAUGCCACGCCCAUCAAGAUCCUUCAUAAUUCUGCGGGACAUUUGGCUGGCGCUGGUCGCUCUCUGGGCGGCGUGGUCGUCGGUUACCUCGGCGUGCGCGUCUUCAGUCCACAUCCUGUCUCUGCCAUGAUUGACACUGUGGGGGGAUGCAAUGUCCUGCUCGGAAUCAUAGCCAUGGCCCAGGAUGUGGAGUCGUUGUACGCGGGCGUCAAGGCCCUGACCUGUGUGGUGCGCAGCAAUCGUGCCGCUCAAGCGGAAAUGGAUCGCAAGAGAUGCUAUCAGACCUUGGGGAUGUUCUUCAAGAAGAAGAAACAUCUCCUAAACAGUCACAUUCUCCAUCUAACGUUUGGCCUAGUGGGUACCGUCAACAGUGGCCAGGAUAUGUCUGCCAUUCCGAAUGUGACGGCAUUCCAGGAUCUGCUGUGCGACCUGGAGAUCUGGCAUAAUGCACCCAACGGCCUGCUGCGCUCUCUCCUGGAGCACUUGCUGGAACUAGUGGUAGAAUCCAAUGAAAAAAAGCAAAAUGUUAAGAUCAUGAGGGAUCUCCAGUUGCUGGUGAAGCUCCUGCACAUCAUCACGCACAUUCAGGAUCAUUCGACGCGUGAGAUCCUGUUCAAUCUCCUGGAAACUCUCCUCGGAGGCCAGCCCCGACACACGGAUCUCCUGCUCUACGGACAGUAUGUGGCCGCCAAGCUGCCACGCGCUCAAGAUGGCGCCCUCGAACGGGCGGUGCUCCUGCCCAGCAUCAAGAACUUGGGCGAAGAUCCCGAUGGCGGUGUGGCACAGAAUAUUUACCUCCGGAAUCGCUGUCUUUCGCUGCUCCAUGGCCUGUUGUUUACCCCCCGAAGCACAGUGAACUAUGUGAUCUGCGAUGACAUCUCCAAGACCCUGGGAAUGGAUUGGUUGCUGCUGUUCAUGCAGCCGCAUGUCCACUUCACGACUGUGAUCAUAGCCGUGCGCAUACUCGUUGUGGUCUGUGCAAAUGAGAGCUUUCUCGUGCGGUUUCGCGAUGCCACCCACAAUGGGGGCUAUCUGCGCUUCACGGAAAUGGUUUCCCAGCGCAAAAUGAUGGGUUUGGGUGCCCAGCAGCUGAAUCAACGGCCCAGCAAUGGCACGGGCACAGUCAUCGUGGCCACGCCACAGAAUACCAUUCAACAUUUGCCCACCCAAAUAGCAGGAGAAGUCCGUCCGGCGGCUUUGAAUAUACCAGGUUUCCAAUUGCUUGAAUGGCUCAUGCAGCAUCAUCUGGAUGUGCCAGAGCUCUAUUUUCUGGUCACUGCUCUGAUCAUGGGACAGCCUGUAAAGGUGUUGGCCACGGAACACACAAAAUUCGACUUGGAUCGCGUGUGGUCGUUCCUUUGGGGCGCCCCAGUGGCUGCCAGCACACAGCUCCCAAAGCUCAGUGUGUGCCCUGAAGGCGUAUGCGUGCUCCUGGCCAUGGUCCGGGCAAUAGUCCACGGCGGAGAGUGUGCCACAUGGCUGCACAGCCACCCGGAGACCAUCAUCCAGCUGCUGUUUAGUCUGUACCAGAAUCUCAGUGAUUUUACGCCCGUGAUGAUGGCAGGAGAUGUCGUCACAUCCCUAGUGGCAGUGCUCUUCCCUCAAGUCUCCCGAGCCGCGGAUUCGGAGCCAAAUAGUGGUGCCUCCACGCCCACAGAUGGCACUGGCAGCAGUUUCGUCCUGCCACCGCCCGAAACGUUGCAUGCAGCAGCUGUUCAGCCAAAGAUCACAUCCCAUCCUGUGUGCAAAUGCAUCAUUGAUUUCCUUCGCGUGAUUGUCGUGGAUUCGUUGGGUCUCAAUAUGCAUGGAAAGGCCACACCCGUGAUAGAUCUCGUGCUUGAUGCCGCCCCAGACACCGCAGAUAUGGCGCUGCAGGUGCAAUACCAAACGCUGAUUAUCAUUGCCUUGAUGGAUCAUCUUUUGGCAGCGGAUGUCCUCGUGGGCGAGCAGGCGGCACUGCCCCUGGUGCCCAUACUCCAGAGCCAGAUGCAGCACAUUGCGCCGAAUGUCUUCUAUUUGACGGCACGGAUUGUGGAUAAACUGUGGCAGGGCUGUCUGGCGAGGAAUCCUCAUGAUAUCUUUGAUUUCGUCAUCAAAUUGAUAGCCCAGGCGAAGCGCAGAUCCUCUUCGUUGUCCCUAGAGCACCUGCAUCACUCGUUGAAUCGGAGUAUUCUGUUUCUUCUCUCCCGUCCCACCGAUGAUUCCCGUGCGGAUCAGAUGAGCGUCUUGGAGGCCCUGCACAAGAUCAUCCAACACCGCCUCCUGAUCUUUGGUGCUGGAAAUCACGAACUGGAGUUCAUUGGCUGCUUGACCUACUGCCUCCUGCAGCUGACGGCGGAUAUGAAGAUCAUUCUGGAGCCAUCGACGAGCAGGAACACCACAUGGCAUGUGAAUCCCCAAACGGAGACCGUGGAACCCAAAGAUGAGGAUCUGAACCAACUUCAAGGUCGCAAUCUCGUUGUGGGCGCCGCCUUUCGUGUCUGGGAGGAGCUGUACGUCUGCAAGAAGCCCGCCAUCGAAGAGGUUUUCAAGAUCUCCCUGACGCCCCCUCCCGCCAACUCGAAGGCCCCCGACAUGCAGACCACACGCGAACAGGUCAUGGAGCUGGCCUCCAAACUGUGGUUCAACUAUGUGGAAGCGGAACGCAAGGCUUCCUAUCGCGUGCCCUGGGAGCUGCACAAUCAAAUCCAGUCAAAGAUCCAGAAGGUCACCGGUGGUCUGACGCGCCUCGCCAGCCGCACAAAGGUCAAAAAAGACGAGCUAGUGCGCACAAAGUCGAAUAUGAGUCGCGAGGCAGCCUACGAAUCCACAGGGAUCCAUGUGCAGUUGAUCAAGGAUCUGCUGGACCUGCGCUCGAAGCAGUACCAGCAGAUGCUGCAGCACACCCAACGGUAUGUCUACCAGGAUUGGGUGCACUCGGAGACGGAGCUCACGAGGGAGCGUGGCCUGUGGGGUCCCGCCGGGACCUGUACCCUCGACAAAUGGAUAAUGGACACCACCGAAGGACCCCACCGCAUGCGAAAGAAAACCAUGAGGAAUGAUGUCUUCUAUCUGCACUAUCCCUAUCGCCCAGAGCUGGAACUGGCCGACAAUCGUCAGCUCAAAUACAAAGUGGCCUCCAGCUUUGACAGCAAAACGUAUUUCCAGCACGGACAGCAGCAGCCACGCAUUCUAGCCGAGGCAGAGCACACCUCCAUGCAGCAGCAGGCAUCACUGGAGUCGGUGCAUGCUGCACCGCAUCGCCUGGAGGCCAGCAGUUCCACCUCAACGCCGCCACCUCCUGUCUCUCCCAAGCUAAUGGGAGUCCAUGGAUCGGCUCCUUACCCUCAAGAAUCGAUUGAUGGCACUGCCCCGGAGGAUGAUGAAGAGGAGGAGGACACUUCCAUGACCAGCGACAACGAAACGUUCCUGCGGCUACUCGAAGAACAGGAGAAGAUUAGCUUUAUGUUUCGCUGUGCCAGGAUUCAGGGUUUGGACACCUUCGAGGGUCUGCUGCUGUUUGGCAAGGAGCACUGCUAUAUUGUUGACGGUUUCACUUUGCUCAAGAAUCGAGAGAUACGCGACAUUGACACGUUGCCUACGGGGGCCUAUGAGCCCAUUAUUCCCAAUUCUGGCGGCACCACCUCCACCACAUCGCGUGCUGUAAGCCAGAAACUGCGACAAUGCUCUAAGUUUGCCUACGAGGAGAUACGAGAAGUGCACAAGCGGCGGUACCUCCUGCAACCCAUUGCCCUGGAGAUCUUUUCCGAAGACGGACGCAAUUACCUCCUGAGUUUCCCCCGAAAGGUCAGGAAUAAAGUGAACCAAAGAUUCCUGGCCCUGGCCACGGCCCUGAAUGACAAUGCGCAACAAUCGGUGGCUGGACAGAAGCGCACGGCCAGUGUGGAGCAAACCUCAGGGAUCUUCAGUGGCCUGAUAGGCGAAACAUCCGUGACCCAACGCUGGGUGCGCGGGGAGAUCUCCAAUUUCCAAUAUCUUAUGCAUUUGAACACCCUGGCGGGCAGGAGCUACAACGAUCUGAUGCAGUAUCCCGUAUUUCCCUGGAUCCUCGCCGACUACGACUCGGAGGAACUGGAUCUCACUUCGGCCAAGACAUUCCGUGAUUUCUCGCGACCCAUGGGCGCUCAGGCAGACGAGCGCUUGGAGCAGUUCCAAAAGCGCUUCAAGGAGUGGGACGAUCCACAUGGGGAGACCCCGCCCUACCAUUAUGGCACCCACUAUUCCUCAGCGAUGAUUGUUUGCUCGUAUCUGGUGCGCUUGGAGCCGUUUGCCCAACCAUUCCUGAAGCUCCAAGGCGGACAUUUCGAUCUGGCGGAUCGCAUGUUCCACAGCAUAAAGGAGGCUUGGCUGUCGGCCUCCAAACUGAAUAUGGCGGAUGUUAAAGAACUCAUUCCAGAGUUCUUUUAUCUGCCAGAGUUCCUGAGCAACUUUAACAACUUUGACUUGGGCACUAAGCAGAAUGGAGAGACUUUAAAUCAUGUCAUUUUGCCACCAUGGGCCAAGCAGGAUCCACGGGAGUUUAUACGCCUGCACAGGAGUGCCUUGGAGUGUGAUUAUGUCAGCCAACACUUGCAUUUGUGGAUUGACUUGAUUUUUGGCUGCAAACAGCAGGGUCCCUCUGCGGUAGAUGCCGUAAACGUCUUUCAUCAUCUGUUUUACGAAGGAAAUGUGGAUAUAUACAACAUCGAUGAUCCCUUGAAAAAGAACGCCACCAUUGGAUUCAUUAAUAACUUUGGACAAAUCCCCAAGCAACUGUUCAAAAAGGCCCAUCCUGCCAAGAAAAUGGGCAGCUCUCGGCACUCGGCCCUGAUUGAUCCCACAGCCUUGAUUCAGGGCAAUAGCACAGUCCUUCAAACGGAUCGUUUGUUCUUCCACAAUCUGGAUAAUCUAAAGCCAAGUCUGCAGCCCAUCAAGGAGCUCAAGGGUCCGGUGGGACAGAUCCUGCAGCCCGACAAGACCGUGUUUGCUGUGGAGCAAAAUAAAGUGAUGAUGCCGCCAUCGUACACGAAAUAUAUAGCCUGGGGCUUUGCCGAUCACUCGCUGCGCGUGGGACUCUACGACACGGAUCGGGCAUCGUUUGUAUCGGAGGCAGCCGCACAGAACUCUGGGGAGAUCCUCACCUGCGCGUGUCCCAAUGCCAAGAUGAUUGUCACCGCUGGCACUAGUUCUGUUGUGACCAUCUGGAAAUUCGAUGCGAAUCGUAAGAGUCUCAGUGUGAAGCAUUCGCUGCAUGGCCACACGGAUGCGGUGACAUGUCUGGCCGCCAGUGCGGCCUACAAUGUGAUUGUCUCUGGCUCUAGAGAUGGCACCGCCAUCGUUUGGGACAUGUCCAGGUUCACUUUUGUGCGGCAGUUGCGUGGUCAUGCCGGUGUUGUGGCUGCCGUUUCGAUCAAUGAACUGACGGGCGACAUUGCCACAUGCUCUGCCACUUGGUUGCAUGUUUGGUCCAUCAAUGGUGAUGCCUUGGCCAUGGUCAAUACCUGUGUGGGCAGUGCGGAUCGCAUGCAGCAGAUUCUGUGUGUGGCAUUCUCCCAAAUCAGGGAAUGGGAUCAACAGAAUGUCGUGAUGACUGGCUCUACCGAUGGUGUUGUGAGGAUGUGGUCCCUGGAGCACACUCAGGUCCCCAUUGACCGCAAACUCAAACGUGGGGUGGAGGUCUCCUCCCAGGACAAACCCGACACUGCUUCUGCGGAGAAAAUGAACAUUUUCAAGCAAAUUAAAAGCCUCUCACAGCCAGAAGAAGAAGCAGAUAUUGUUAAGUCUGCCUCGGAGAGCAGCAUUUCGGAGGCCUCAGAGCACAGCAAAGCCGAGUCCCUUAAAUUUGAAGAGAGAGCUGAAGAAGAAUUACUCAAAUCCAAAGAGAAAGCACAGGAAGAAUCACCAGUCGAACGCAGAAAAAGUUCCAUCACGGGAGCCAAGUCGCUGCAUGAAAUGAAAUCGGCCACUGUAGAAGCCCCCGGCUGUAGCACGGACUUCAAAGGAAAUGAAGAAGAUGCCCAUGCCAUUAGGCCAAGCAAAUCAGACACCAGUCUGACAGAUGGUUUCGUUUUGAUAGACAAUGACAGACAAAGAGGCGAUCAGGCCUUAAGAAAGGGCUUCAAAUGGCAACGUCAAUUAAUGUUUCGCUCAAAGUUAACCAUGCAUACGGCAUAUGAUCGCAAGGAUAAUGCAGAGCCAGCCAGCAUUACAGCCUUGACAGUAUCCAAAGAUCAUAAGAUCUUGUAUGUUGGUGAUGCUCGAGGUCGCAUAUUUUCAUGGAGCGUCACGGAACAGCCUGGUCGAGGCGUGGCCGAUCAUUGGCUCAAGGAUGAGGGCGCCGAUCAGUGUGUCAAGUGUCAUGUGAAAUUCACUCUGUAUGAGCGCAAACAUCAUUGUCGUAAUUGUGGUCAGGUUUUCUGCAAUAAAUGCAGUCGCUUCGAGUCGGAGAUCUCACGUUUGAGGAUCAUCAAGCCUGUGAGGGUGUGCCAGGCGUGCUUUAGUCAGCUCCGCUCCAAUUCGUUGGAUAAUUAAUGUGGAGAAGUGUGCAUCCAAUUCGUUUGUGGAAACAGAGUCCAUUCGAAGCAAAGUGUACCUAUACAGGAUUUACAAAGAUAAUUUACUUUAUAAUAUUCAGGCGUAUAACAAUUUAAAGGACGUUGAAGGGGCAUUCAU